CGCAUAAAAUACAGCAGCACAGAGGUAGUAGAUCAUAGGAGGAAGAAGUAGAGUCAGAGAGACCGGAGAGCGAGCGGAGUUAGAGAGAGAUUAUCCGCCAUGGUCGCUUCGAAGCUUAGAAGAGCCGCUAGAAAAAUCCGACUUCCGUGUAGUUCCUUUUCAAGGACACAUUCUAAAGACGAUCCCGUCGCCUCUACUAAUAUCUCAAACGCAACAACCUAUGCGAGACGAGAGAAUGUUCCAGAAAUCGCGGAGGACGCAGAAUCCGGCGGCCUGGCUAAUAAGAACUUGUGUGCAAUAUGUCUGGAGCCUCUAAGUUACAGAAUGGGCAACAGCAGCCCUGGCGAAGCUAUUAUAUUCACAGCCCAGUGCUCGCAUGCUUUCCACUUUACCUGCAUCUCUUCCAACGUCCGACAUGGCAACGUGACCUGCCCCAUUUGCCGAGCUCACUGGACCCAGUUACCUCGCAAUGUCAACCCUCCAUGCUCCCAUCCUUGCAACCAGACCGACCCCAUCCUUCGCAUCCUUGAUGAUUCCAUCGCUACUUUCCGAGUUCACAGACGCUACUCUCUCCGCUCCGCCCGCUACGAUGAUGACGACCCCGUUGAGCCAGACCAAACUCCCAACCACCCACGGCUCCACCUGAGUUUAAUCCCCGUUCCCCUCACUCGACCUAGCCUUUCCCCAUGCAGACCACCCUUGCAAAUAACAGGAAUCACAUCACAUCAACAUCAUCCACGUGGGCUGUCAGCGUUACAACCACAGUUCACGGCCACCUCGUCUUUGCCAUCCCCACGUACUACUUCCCAGUCUUCUUCAAACGGGCAGAAACCGUAUCCCUCCAACAAAGCAGCGUAUCUCUCCGUAAGACUGGCAUACCAGCAACCAACUGACCUGGUUUUAGUGGCCAGCCCCAAUGGGCCCCACCUGAGGCUUCUUAAGCAAUCCAUGGCAUUAGCGGUUUUCUCUCUUCGCUCUGUCGACCGAUUAGCUAUUGUCACCUACUCAUCCGCAGCGGCUCGUGCCUUCCCUCUUAGGCGCAUGACAUCUCAAGGGAAGCGAACAGCACUUCAAGUCAUUGAUCGUCUAUUUUACAUGGGGGAGGCAGACCCAACCGAAGGACUCAAGAAAGGGAUAAAGAUACUGGACGAUCGUGCUCACAGAAAUCCCCGAUCUUGCAUCCUGCAGUUAUCUGAUAGUCCAACAAGAUCUUACCUCGGUCAUGGCAUGGAAAUCCCCAUUCCAAUACAUUGUUUUCAUGUGGGGUUUGCUUUUGGCACUUCCAAUGGAUUUGUUAUGCAUGAAUUUGAAGAGUUCUUAGCAAGGUUGCUAGGGGGCGUGAUCAGAGAAACCCAGUUGAAGAUUGGGGAGGAUGGUGGAGUGCUAAGGUUGGGAGAACUGCGGGGAGGAGAAGAGAGGAGAAUCCCAUUGGACUUGGGUAACUGCGAAUUUGUUUGUGUGGGAUAUAGCUACAUCGAGGGUGGGCCUGAAGAAUGUAUAAGCACAGGCGAUAUGGUGGUAAGCAUUGGGGAUAAGAGGCAGAGUAAUGGACAAGAUGGAGGGAGAGAUCUUAAUAUGCGUGGAAGUACUAGCAGUGUUGAGAGUUGGGAUUACCAUGAUCCUUGCAUGGCCAGAAGAUGGGCUAAACAUUUACAUGGAUAUAGGCUUUGACUUAUUUUGUACAAGAUCAAUACACAGAUAUAAAGCAUUUUGAAGGGUAUGUUGGAGUUUCUUACUCCCCUGGCCGGCUAAUGCUCAAAGAGUAUAUAAAGCACUAGUUAAAGAUAUAGCAUGAUUCUGUCUAAAUACUCCAAACUGUAGUUGGAGAUAUCUAAAGAUUCAAACUCCAUGCAUGUGUGAACAGUUCAAAUCUAUCACUUCUGUUGUAUUUGUGGUUAUAGACCGGGAAAAAUCAGCAAAUUGCAUGGAAAGAGGGGUUCCGUGAUUCCAUGUUUUGUA